AUCGACAUCACAUAUAUCAUAAAAGACGUAAACAUCGCAGUAACUGAGCAUGUGAGAGAAAAAGGGGGCGUCGAAUUGCAGCUAUGCCUUCUGCAACAGUGACAGUCCGGGAGAUAAAAAAUAAACACACUGGUAUAGACAUAACUAUCCCCCGCUUCACCCAAGAGAAGGGACUUUUGCAGUCAACAUAUGAGUACCAAGUUGUGGUUGUAUCAAAUUUACCAUAUUUUAAGAGUCCCAAACACAAAGAGAGUGACACAGUGCAGUUUAUGGUAAAGAAGAAGUAUUCAGAUUUUGAAGACUUGUGGAGUAAACUGUUUGAGAAGUACCACUCCCUUGUACUGCCCCCACUGCCAAAGAAAGCACUUCUGGUCAACGACAAGGUGGCCACUGAACGAAGGUCAGGCCUGGAAAAAUUCCUCACUUUUCUGGCCAGUUCACCAAAGGUGUGUACAUCCUCACUGCUCCUGGAAUUUCUAGGUGUAAAUGCAAUCAAAGCUGGGAAAUACACCCAGGAAGGACUUAAGCAUGAAGCAAGCACUGAAGGAGACCAGGGGGAAGAAAACAAUGAUAGGGAAAGCCUGACUGAAGGAGGCAGUAAAAGUGGACUCUUUGAUGAGGAAGAUGAGGACACAGAGGACUUGUUCAAUGAGGAGGAGGAGUCUGAAAUUGUGACCGCAAUGACAAACAGACAUGUAACAAGUUCGGACACAAAGCUAUUUGAUUACCCUGUUAUUGGUGGUGAUGUGGGAGAUGAGGAGGAUUUCUUCCAGGAGAAAGAAGAACAAAUUCAAGAUCCUAUCUCUCCAACACCAGGUCAAGGGGAAGAUAACUCUGAUCUUUUAAGUGUUCAAGAUGACUUAGAUGAGUUGUUUUUGGACCAAUCCAAAUCAAAGCGUGAUGAUAACAAUGGCAGUCCAAAAAAGUCAAAACCAGCACUGAAGCCAAGGCCAAGCAAAUCUCUCUCAAAGGUACCACCAACCACAAAACCAGGUGUGCAACCCAAACCUAAACAUGUUACAAAGCCAGACCUCAAACCAAAGCCAACUUCCAAACAUUCAGAGCAAGAUGAGACCGUCUCCAGUGCCGCGGACCUGGAUACAGACGAUAUAAUGAAGUACAUUCAGAAUGCAGAGGAGACUCAAGAUGAUGUAGAUUUGUUUGCCUGACAAGACUUUAGGCACUCUGAUGUAAAUGUCUUUAAAUGAGUCUGUUUUAUUUUACACAAGUGCCAUCAAGUAGUAUUUUUAUGUCAAUAGGCUGACAAUCAGUUAUGAGGGAGCCUUCUUUUAUUUAUUGUUUAAGUUAAGUAAGAUAACCUCAUGGCUUUAUUUCAUUAAUAGAAAAUGUUUAAAAUUGUGAUGAAAUGUCAAAUUUAUUUGAUUAUAACAUACAUG